AUGAAGGCAGAUGAACUGCAGAACUGUUUCCCUCAACAAGAUGGUCGCUGGGAUGCUUCCAAUGCCCAGGCCUGGGCGACCUUUGGAGAAGAGAAUAUCUCAAUUCAAAACAUAACCCUAGGCCAGGUGAUCAACGGCAGGACUUGGCGAUAUGCCUGGUCGAAGACUGGAACGCUGGGAAAGCAGACCAUCUUACAAUAUUUGGCGAACGUUGUCAAUGGCAAAGAUCACGUGUCACCUGCGUCUCCUAGUUUCUCACCAGAACAAAACCGUGCUGCUCUAGAAGCACUGGAGACACUGCUUGAGGAAACGGGAGAUCAGGGCUACGGGCAUUCAUGGUCUGACCUGAAGGCGUCGGCGAUCCAUCGUGUCAUGAUCCUUUCGGCGCUUACACUUUAUCACACACCAACAUCACACAUCGUACCUCUGGCUAUAAAAGUGAUUUACGGGAAGAUGAAUGAUGACUCUUGGACGCUUACUAUCGACCGAUGGCGCAGCUCAUCGUGCCAAGGGCGCACGGGUGUUUUAUAUGCCUCAAAUCUUUUUGAGACAGUCCGGUCGGCACGUUGUAUCCAUUUCAUGACCCCCGUGCUUCUCCUGAAAGCAGUCCUUGUCAUGUGGCUGUACUCUAUAAUUCACGACCGGUUGAGACACGGUCGUGGAUAUCAACUAGAGAUCCCAUCAGUUGUACUGGAUCUUAAAAGUCUCGAUACACCAGCUACCAAGCAGUGGAUCGCGAAUGGGUCUAGUUGUAUCAAGCUCCCGGGGAUUAGCAACCUUCUGAGUCGGCAGGGCCGAUGCAAGAUGCUCGAAGAGUCUGUCGUCGUCAUGCGCUCUCUCAGAGCAUGGGGUAUUAGCACUAUUGCAAGCUCUAACGCAACAUCCGUCAUCAUAUCGUUGUGUUUCCACUCAGACAUAUUCCCCCGAGAACAGGGACUCGGACGUAUCUUGUUGAGACAGAUGUCUCGGUCAGAUCAUCACAAAUUUAAGAUUAAAGUCUCCAUGAUUCGUAUAGCCCUGUGGACUCAAAGCCUCGAAAGAUAUUUGAAGGAUUCUCAGCCGAAGACAUCAACCCCUGGAGCCCCCAGAGACCCAUUCAUGCCGAUAUGCUUUAUAUCAGCUGAAGAGCCAUACUACCACUUACUUGUCUCGGCGACAAGCAACGGAAUAGCCAAGGAAGGGACAGAAAGAUGCUAUUGUAGGGAUAUAUACCAAACAUGA